AUGGCGCGUUUGCACUUUCUGCUGGCUCUGCUGGCAUCUUUGGUAUGUCUCAUGUCUCAGGCGCGUGGACAUGACCAGCUGGUCAAGCGUACUGGCAACACGGUGCGCUUCGAGGUAGUUUUGACAUGGGAGGAUUGGGCGCCGGCAGGUAUCCCCAGGAAGAUGAUUCUCACGAAUGGCCAAUUCCCGGCACCGACUCUGGAAUUGCGACAAGGAGACGAGGUAGAGUUUUUAGUCACCAACAAACUUCCCAACGCAACAGCUGUUCACUUCCACGGAAUUGAGCAAUCUAGGACACCCUGGUCCGACGGUGUCCCCGGCCUUUCGCAAAAGCCCAUAGAGCCUGGACAUCGAUUCCUCUACAAAUGGACCGCGACGGAAUACGGCAGCUACUUUUACCACGCCCACCGCCGGGGACAGAUCGAGGAUGGGCUAUACGGCGCAAUUCAUAUUCACCCCCAUGAUACGGUCGAAAAGCCCUUCAAAUUCGUCACCAACAACACGAACGAGUUGCGAGCAAUUGAAGCAGCAGAGGAGAAGACCCGCCCGGUCCUACUCUCCGACUGGCGUCAGCUUACCUCGGAGGAGCUGUGGAAUGCCGAAGAGGCCAUGGGACGUGAUGCAAUUUGCGCCAAUGCUCUUCUAGUGAACGGCAAAGGCAACAUUGGCUGUCCCGGCGUGGAUGACUUGAAUGCCCAUGCCACGGCCGCUAUGAAACAGUUGCUGGGGAACAGCAGUAAGCUGACGGACAUUGGAUGCAUGCCCCCUACACUGGCGAGCGUGCAAGGCAACUUCCAACACAAUCUGAGCGCCAUUCCGCCAUCCGUAUUCUCGGGCUGCACCCCUUCGCAAGGUCAGCUGGAACACCUCCAAGUCAACCCCAUCGAGAAGUACGCCAGCUUCGACCUGCUCAGCUCGGCCGGCGUGUCUACAAUCACCUUCUCGAUUGACGAGCACCCUAUGUACGUCUACACGAUCGACGGCCGCUACAUUGUUCCCACCCAGGUCAGCGCCAUCACCAUCGCCAACGGCGCCCGCUACUCGGUCCUCGUAAAAUUGAACAAGCCCGCGGGUGACUACACGGUGCGCGUCGCCAACACCGGCGUGAACCAGCUCCUCAACACCACCGCCAUCAUGUCCUACACCACGCCUCUCAAGACCAAAAAAAGCCCCUCCAUCCCUCAAAUUGACAUGACCGGUGCACCGCUCUCCAAGAACGCCAUCGUUCUCAACGAAUCCACCAUCACCCCCUUCCCAGCCAUCGUGCCGUCCCAAGAAGUCGCCGCAACCCACAUCCUGAACAUUGAGCGCUACAAUGCCUCCUACCGCUGGAUCCAAGGUGAUUCGAAUUCCAGCUAUCCUCUCUCACUCGAGGACGCCUCGCCGCUCCUCUACUACCCGCUCGCCGCAAACGAGGAAAAGGAUCUAACAAUUUCCACGCAAAACAACACCUGGGUUGACAUCAUCUUCGCCGUCACCGGGCCCAUUCAACCCCCACACCCUUUCCACAAACACUCGAACAAGUUCUUCGUGCUCGGCCAGGGCAACGGAGCUUGGAACUACUCGACCGUCGCCGAAGCGGCGCAGCACAUGCCCGAGAGCUUCAAUUUCGUGAACCCGCAGAUCCGAGACACGUUUGUGACUCCGCCGGCAGAAACGGGUCCGACGUGGCUCGCGAUCCGGUACCAUGUUGUCAACCCGGGCGCGUUUCUGCUGCACUGUCAUAUUCAGGUGCACUUGAGUGGGGGUAUGGGGUUGGCGCUGCUAGAUGGGGUGGAUGAAUGGCCUGAGAUUCCGGAGGUCUAUUGGGAGACGAUGAAGGGAUAG